UUGCAGUAUUGCUAUCUAGGCUUGUAGUUCAGUGCUGCUUUGCGGAUGAUUUAGUUGCAUAUUUGGCUUCAACAAGUUCAUACAUGGAUAAUGCUUCAACAAAAUUAUGAUAGCAAAUUAUCGAAGGAUGUAGCAGAGUAAUCUGCACUGCAGUAUCGCCUAUUUGUCCACUGUCCAGCAAAUUUUGUAGACGCGGAUAUCCUUCAAUGGCGCAGACUUUAUUUUAAUCCGGGAGUGCUACCUCCGUUUAAACAGGAUGAGGUGCGGCGCUAUUAUGAGGUAUUGAGACAGCCUAUUGAUCGGGAAAAUUGUCCAGACGAAAUGGGGAAAUCAGUGGAUAAAAUGCCGCCCCCCGCUAACUUCUCUACGUCAAAUUCAGCUAUGUCCUCUCAGCGGAACGAUCUCGCAAGCCGACAACCUCCAGUGGUGUCGGAAGCUCUUCCUCUUAGCAUCCACUACACUGAAAAGGUCAAUUGAUUCUAUAGAACGUCUUCCUAAAAUAUCUCUUCCGUAGGAUGCUGUAACUUCAACCACAUAGAUACCUCUAAAGUUGGAACUGCAUUCUUGGAUGCGCCACUGGAAAUUUGUCUACAUCUUGCAAUUAUAAUAAAAUUUAAAAGGUAAGGCCCUGAAGUUUAUAGGUCUGUACAAUCUGGCAGUUCGAACUCCUUGGUAACGGGUUGUGCCAGAAGCGAGGGCCGGGAAGGAAUCAGUUUCUCUCCAGUAGAGCUCCUGCAGCUGUAGAGCUUCUCAAUGCAGAAGGCGCCUCCAAAUUCAAUGUAGACGGGGUGAGAAAGAUUCGAUUUCACUGCUACCUGUGGAUGUCUCUUACAAUCGAUACACAUAUUUUCAUUCACAGCUUUCAUGCGAAUGCCACAGCCUGAACUCCUCCCCGAGUUGAUGUUUGUCUUGGAGUGAUUGGACAAACUAGGGUUUGACGGACAACGCGAUUCUCCGAGAAGGGGAACCGAUGCCGAAAGAAAUUAUUGCAGUGGUGAGGCCCAGAAAUAUAUUUCUAAAAAAACAGGAAGGAAAAUAUGGCCGAACAGAUCAACAGAGCAUUCUCCCAGACGAGAUGGAGAUGAACCUCGAGGUGAAGGUAUUCGAUUUCGCUCCACCGGAGACAGAUGUGUUGAAGACUGGGAAAGACACAGGGGUAGUGUAUAGCGGGAAGACCAAGGCUACUGUGAAGCAAGAUGUGCAGGGACUGUACUGCUUUCAAACUCAGGGCAAUCAGCUGGAGCAUUUGUUCACGCAGAUGGGCACCUACAUGUUCCACUUCUCCCUGGUGAGCUCAAAAUACAAAGAGGUACCUCCAGCAGUAGUGCGUAUUAACGUGGCGCCCUCGAACACUGACAUGUGCGAUGCACGCUGCUUAGAACAGCCCAAAAGGAAGCGCAGAAGACCACGUGAAGACACGUCUGAAGCCACAAUACAGGAUGGUUCUUUAGACGUGGCACCCAUUGAUGAUGGGCUCGAGGAUGAUUUUGAAGAGCCUCCUCAUAUAGUGAACACAAAAAUCCAUGUCACGACCCUCGAUGUGAUUGUUUCAGUGAACGGGUUUUUUGCGAUUGCGGUAUUUUUGGGAUUAGCACUCAGCCCCCCGUUGCCUCAGUUUCAGGCAGCUACAACACUUGCGCCAGCCAGAUUGGAGUGCUGGCCACAAAUUAACGCUUACCGCUCCGUGUUCUUGUGGGAAAUUACCUCGUUUGGCUUCUUUCUCUUCUCCACUCUUGUGGCUCAUGGUUUCAAGCUCUACAUUGUUCUUGAGAAUGGAAAAGACAGAGAGAACUCGAACUAUGCUUCAGUGAGCCAGAGAUUUCUCCAGUAUGGAAUCUUGUCGUGCAGCCUGGGAUCAAUUCUAGGCGCCAUAGCUCUGAUAGUGUCGAUGGUGAUUCUGAUCGAAGUUAGAUUAGGUGCCCUUUUUUGCGGAAAUCCAUGGGCUGUUUUUACCACAGUGCCCUUCGUUCUCUUGGCAGUCACAGGAUGCGCCAUUUUCAUUGUUUCUGUAUUUUAUCAAGCGACGAAGGAUUCUGAUACGUCAUAAGUCAUACCAAAGACUCUGCAAAAGUCAGAAGAGCCAUCAGAGAUUCCAUUUGCUUAGUACACACACUGAAGUCCCAUGACAUUGAGAUUGUAUUCAGAACUGUAAAAACUACAUACCAACUUCACCUUUUGAUAAAUGUGCUCUCAGCACUGAACUUAAACUAACUGGUACAUUUCCGAAGUUUCC